UGCGUGAGCUGAGUUAGGCGCUUGCAUGUUCCCCUCGUCGAGACCCUGUGCGUCGCGCCUUCCCCGCGCUAGCUUACUGCAGCCGCAUGCCCCACCAAAGCCACGCGUGUUGAACGGAGCAGAGCUCACCGCUUGGGCCGAGACCACCUUUCUCUGAUACAAACAUCUUCCGCCUCUCCCAUACAUACAGGCCUCAAUUGCUUUUUCCACGCCACUACACAUCUCACAUACUUCAAAAUGGCAGCUGCAUACCCCCCUGGCGGAACCUUCUUCCAAACCCUCAAGAAGAGCUUCGCAGACGUCCCUGUCGACGAGGCCAAGGACAGUGCCAUCUCGACGACCGAGUUCCUAGAGGCUGCUGAGAGCACCACCACUCUUUUCGAUGUCCUGGGCUCCGUGGCCUUCAAGCCCGUCAAGGGUGACAUGAGCGGCAACAUCAAGAAAAUCCGCGACAGGCAGCUUGCUGCACCAGCCCAGUCAGAGACGCUCCAGGAGCUUUGCUUGAACGAGCUCAAGGAGAAGAAGCACACUGCCACCGAGGGUCUCCUGUGGCUGACCCGUGGCCUCGACUUCACUGCUCAGGGUCUCCGUCACAACAUCUCCAACCCCUCCAAGGAGCUCGCCGACUCCUUCCGCGACGCCUACGGCAACACACUCAAGCCCCACCACUCCUUCAUGGUCAAGCCCGUCUUCAGCGCUGCCAUGAGCGCUACACCUUACCGCAAGGACUUCUACAGCAAGCUUGGCGAUGAUGACAGCAAGGUCCAGGCUGAGCUGGAACAGUGGCUCGCAGCGUUGGAGAAGCUCCUCGCUAUCCUGAACGCGUUUUUGGCAAGGAAGGAGGCCAAGUGGUAGAGGAAAGCAAGGCAGCUAUUAGCAUACCCUACUACAUGAAUGAUGAGCAUGAGC